CACCAGCAGUGAUAACUUGCCGUCUAGAAUAGUAGUUCAGGCGGCCUGACGUACGGAAAUCCAGACUACGCGAUAUGUCGUCCUUCUUCACAUUGCCCGCUUCCCAACGCAAGCGAAAGAGAGAAGACCGCAGCACGGCUCCCGCUUCGAAAAAGCGAGGCGUGACUUCCAACGGCGAUUCCGGUAAAAAAGGGGCGGAAAAGACACGAGACAGAGAUCAGUCAAUAUCCGGAAGCGAUCUGGAGGAUGAUGAUGAUAUCAUAGAGUCAGGAGAGUUAGGAGAGUCAGACGAAGAGAGCGGUUCGGAGUCGGACGAGGGAGAGACUGCCGCAGAGCGAAGAUUGAAACUUGCGGAGAGAUACUUGGAAAAUAUCCGGGAGGAGGUAGAUGAAGCUGGGUUUGAUGCGGCAGAGAUUGACCGGGACUUGAUCGCUGAGAGAUUAAAGGAGGACGUGGAUGAAUUUAAAGGACGUGCAUAUCGUCAGAUAGCUUCCCAGUUAUCUUUUUCAACAGCUUCGCAUUCAUUUUUCCGAGCGGAUACCCAGUCGACCACUUCCAUUACGGUGCAUGCGCCCUAUGUCUACACAGUCUCGAAAGACAAGACGUUAAUAAAGUGGGAACUUGCUACGCCCGAUUUGACAACAAAUUCGGGGAUGAAUAGUGCUGAUGGAACUUCUAAACGACUCCCACGACCACAGCGCAAGAAACCUAAAAGGUUGAAUUUCGUUCGUGGCAUACAGAAAGUGACCGAGAGCGGCGAAGAGCACGGCCACACAGGGAGUAUUCUGUCCGUUGCCGUCUCACCGUCAGGAAAGUUCGUUGCGACAGGCGGGGCAGACAGGAAAUUAAUUAUCUGGGAUGCAGAGACCAUGAAGCCUAUGAAAACCUUUACACAACAUCGAGACUCAAUCAGCGGACUCGCCUUCACCAGACAUAUUUCUUCUAUGAGCUCCGGCGAACAGCUAUUUUCAGGCUCCUUUGAUAGGACCAUCAAAACGUGGUCAUUGAGCUCAGCAGGCCACGCCUACGUGGAAACACUGUUCGGGCACCAGGACAAUGUCGCUUCUGUUGCCGCCAUGACCAUCGACCAAUGUGUCAGUGUCGGGGCGCGCGACCGUACUGCUCGACUGUGGAAAGUCGCAGACGAGACGCAGCUUGUCUUCCGCGGCGGAUCGUCGAAGAACGCCGCGUACCACGAAAAUAACCUUGACUGCGUUGCUCCUCUACCACCAAACCACUUUGUGACUGGCUCCGACUCGGGAGCCAUCUCACUCUGGUCUGUCCAUAAAAAGAAGCCUCUCUACACAAUCCCUCAGGCGCACGGUCUAGAUCCCCUUCCACCCAUUGACCACCUAUCGUCCGAACAGGACCAGGAAACAGCAAGACUCAACUCCAAACAUCUCCGUCGCAUGCCUCGCUGGAUUACAGCCCUGGCCACAGUUCCCGGUACUGACAUCGUCCUCAGUGGCAGCUGGGAUGGCUGGAUCCGCGCAUGGCAAGUCUCAGAGGACAAGAAAACGAUACAUCCUCUAGGUCCAGUGGGUGCUAGUGCUCCAGGCGCCAUGAUCACUCCAUCACUACAGUUAAAGCAAACGUUGGCAUUCGAUGCCCCAGCCAAAGACAAUGACAGUGAUCACAUGGAUACGGAUGCCAAUUCUAAAGAUGAAGGUGACAACGAAGAACAGCCUGAACCUCUAAUCAAGGGCGUCGUCAACGAUAUUGCCGUUUUCGAACGUCGUUGCGAAACCACCAAACCCGGACAGCAGCAGUUCGCUCCCUCAAGCCCCUCGAAAUCAGCCCCUGAACCUCAACCAACCGGUCUCUGUAUUGUUGCUGCCAUCGGAAAAGAGCAUCGCCUAGGUCGCUGGAAUUGUUUCGCGAAUAACUUCUACACAGGAUCAUCAUCCAAUGGCCGGAAUGGCGCAAUGGUGUUUGAGGUCUCAUUUUCCACCUCGAAGCAGGACUGAUCAAGGGCUGCUUUGAGAAAUGUAAAUAUAUUUAUUAUUAUUAUUUCCCGGCCCCCCUUUUUUUGCAUAACAUGGAAAUGAGUAGAAAAGUCAAUUGGGUUUCUUGUUGGGGCUCUUUCUGCAUUCUAAUGCUGGUGCUGAGAAAAGAAGAAAAUGAAAUAAUACUUCUUGGAUAGACCAUCUAGACUGGCCUUGCAGACAUUUCUUAUUGUAUUCUGUGGUCUUUUACCUGCAUACAAGAGUAGGGCCGUAGGAAUGAUACAAAUUGGCA